UACCUGCCGACGAACGGAACGCAUCAUCCGCAAACCGUCACACCUUCGCCUCAGCGUUUGAGCGCGUUGAGAAGAUCGGAUCUGCUCUCGGACUGCAUUUUCUUGUUUAUUUCUCUUUGGGUGUUAGGGACAAGUCCCUUGAAGUACGUAUAAUUGUCUUUUACAAAAUGAGUGUGGAUCUCUAGUUCCGUGCCCCGGUUUUCCGUAGGUUCGUGCGGAUCAUCUUGUGAAGUAGUUUUAGUUCCCGUAGACUGUUGUGUUGUCUCCUUUUUCUGUUUCUUGGAUGCUGGAAUUUAAGACUGACAGUCCCGUUCUCUCCUCAUGCCCAUGAAAACAACUCUCGGAUGGUAAGGAUUCCAGAGAAUGGUAAAUGAUCGAUGGAAAAUCAUGAACAGUGUUUCAGAACUCGAGGAUGGACAGCAGCAUAAAUCGCAGAGGAUGAGCUGUAGCUAUCUCCUAUGCACCAUCCUGCUCUUUGUUGCUGUGUUACUGGCUGUCACAGUAACCGGGAUCAUCCUUCUGAUGAACCAUUACCAAGCACCCAGCGGCCCGGACGGCCCCCCUCUCAUCAGCACUAACCAGGAUGAGGGUAAUGCCCUGGUAACCAUCGAGAGAGGCGACGGCUCCCGCAUCAACAUCUUCAUUGACCCCAACUGCCCCGACUACAACAAUAACUUCCUGCGUCUGGAGGGUGUGCAGACCUCGCUGCUGCACUCCAUCGACCAUGACACUGAUCUGAAGUCAGUGAAAGGGCAAGAUCGGGCUCUGCUUGUUAAACUGGCCGAGGAGGUGGCCAAGCUGUCCGCCCAUGCCAGUCAGCUGAAGAUGGAGUACAAUGCACUGAGACAAGGCCAGAGCAACAUCGGACAGGAGCUCAGCACUCUGCAGACCGAACAGGGCCGGCUUAUUCAGCUGCUGUCGGAGAGCCAGAUCAACAUGGUGAAAGUGGUGAACUCUGUGAGCGAUGCGCUCAGCUCCAUGCAGAAGGAAACCGGAAACAUCAAGAGCCGUCUCAAGGCGGAUCUGCAGAGGGCUCCGGUGCGCAGCGUCCGACCCAAGGGCUGCGCCGGUGGAGAAGGUUCCAGACCCCGGGAUUGCAGUGACAUCUAUGCCAGUGGGCAAAGAGAGGAUGGUAUCUACUCCGUGUUCCCCACACAUUACCCAGCAGGCUUCCAGGUCUUUUGUGACAUGACGACUGAUGGGGGCGGAUGGACGGUGAUUCAACGCAGAGAAGAUGGCUCUGUUAACUUUUUCCGUGACUGGGAAGCUUAUCGUGAAGGAUUUGGCAAGAUAACGGGAGAGCAUUGGCUUGGCAUGAAGCGAAUCCAUGCACUUACCAUUCAAGCCAACUACGAGCUGAGGAUUGACCUGGAAGACUUCGAGAACAGUACUUCCUUUGCGAAGUAUGGCUCUUUUGGAGUGGGUUUGUUCUCUGUUGACCCCGACGAAGAUGGCUACCCGCUGAGCGUCGCGGACUACUCUGGCACCGCAGGCGACUCGCUGCUCAAACACAAUGGGAUGAAAUUCACCACAAAAGACAAGGACAACGACCACUCUGAGAAUAACUGCGCGUCCUUCUACCACGGUGCCUGGUGGUACCGUAACUGCCACACCUCCAACCUGAACGGACAAUACCUGCGCGGCCAACACACCUCGUAUGCUGACGGCAUCGAGUGGUCAUCCUGGACGGGUUGGCAGUACUCGCUGAAGUUCACCGAGAUGAAGAUCAGGCCAACCAAGGAGGAGAAUAAAUGAGCGAGAACUAGAAAGCUCGACAAGAGGAGCUCUAAGGUGGCUGUAGGUGUUAGAGACACUCGAUGCAGAAACGCAAGAACUUUCCGGCGACAACUUCUUUCUCAUGUUUCUGUUUCUAUCCAUCUUUCAAACCCCCGUUUUCCCGCCAUCUUGUAGUGUUUGUGCUAACGCCCAAUGGGCGGAUGUUUUUCUCUUGAUCUACUGUUCACAUCUCUGAAUAUUAUUACGAAACAUUGCAGGUAUUGUCAAAAAAUGUACUAAUGAAAAAAAUAUAGUUGUUGUCUAAAAAAAAAAAAAAAAAAAGAAAACAAGAAAAAAAAAAAGAAACUUCUGUAGCUGUGAAAUUUAGCAAGAACGUGUAGCUUUUCAUAAAAAUAAAGACUUUUAACUCUUCAGACAUUCGACGGAGAGGCAGCUUGUCCUAUGUUAUUUUCGUUCAGUGCUUAAUCAAUAACUCGUAGUUAAACAUGACAAGGUUGCUAUUGGUGUGUCCGGCCCCUGCUGUAAUAUCUGGGAGGUAACUAGAUUUUCCCACAUGUCGAGUAAAUACGUUAUUGACCACCAGAGAUGCUCAAAGAGAAUACGUGUCAUCAGGGUGGCUUUCAGAGUGAUGGGCCACAACAGGCGCAUUUUUCACUCUGACAGGUCAGUCGUUGGAAGGUUUUAUCAAUGGAGAAGCUGAACGUCUCUCAGAAAACACAAUAGCCCUUUGGUGUUGCUGCCGAAUAGAAGAGUGUUGGAUUUUAUCUUAUGCACAGUAGGUCAGAUUCACCAGAAAUCGCAAUGAAUGAGCUUUAAGGCUUAAACUUGAAAAAAAGACCACAAGAACUUGGGCUGAGCUGCUUUUUUGUUGUUGUCGUGAACAGACCGAAUCUUCUGUUUUUAUAGUCAGAUCAUCCUGCAGAUCAUUUCAAUAGCUUAGCUCAUUAUUUUGCCAUUAGUAUAUGAUUGUGUAAUUAUUUGAUGUCAUUUGUUUCAGGUAAACUGUGAAGUUAUGCUGAAAGGAAUAGUUUACCCUAAAAUGCAAGGGGUCAAGAUUCGGAUUGCCUCGGGGUAUUUAAAGCAAACAUAUUAGCUCAAACAGAAUGGCAAAAACACCAGUGCUUGGUUAGUUUUUGAGGAUCUUAAAUAUGUGAAAUGAACAUCAAAAUACACUUCAGCGACAUUUUACAUCGUUACACCAGUGAUUCAUUGAUUCAUUUACAUUCAGAAAAAACAGAUGUAUUUGGAAACUAAACAAUGAGUGAACCGUUAAAUCAUUUACUUACUUUAUUUAUACGUCAGCUGCUUUAUUCCAAAUAAUGAAUCAUUACAGAAGAAACACUACUAUUUGUUUGUUUCUCAGACUCAGUAACGUUCUGUUUCGACUUGGUUUUCCUUGGCUUAGCAAAAAUAAAGCAUCUGGAUAAAAAUUUCCUGAACUGUUGUUGUUUUACUGAUUUCAGGGUAAACUAUUCCAAAUGUUGCUUCUCUUUCUGUUUGUAUUUUUUUUUUGUUGUUGUUGUAUUUUUUUUGUCUAUGCAGACGUUAUUCACUCUUUUUUAAUUUAUGCCACUGACAACGAGCAUAAGUCAACUUUCCAAACAAUCAACUUGCAAUGUCCUUUUACUCAUUUACAUAUGUUUUUCAUGUCAACCUGAUGUUUUAUUUGUAUACUAAUGCCAUUUAUCCUGCGAUAUCCAUGUUAACUAACACAGUGUUUAGAACGUGAAAAUCCGUUACAUAACUUUAUUUGUACCUUUGUAUUUGUCGUGACUGUACAUUGAAUAUCCUAUCAAAGAUUAGCAUUGUCCGCACUUUACACAGCAACAUCAAAAUAUUCAUUUCUGUUACAAGGUUUUACAAUCACUUUUAUAUAUAUAUAUAUAUUGGAAGGAAUUAAAAAAUAGUUUUAUGAAUCAAAGGAUAACUAAUCCCGCCAAUUAUUUAAAAAUCAGUAUCUGCUUGCUUUAUUCAUCAUUCACGUUUCAAUGGGCGAUUUACAGUAUAUACUGCAGUGCCAACCCCUACUGAAAACCAAUUCUCCACCGUCAGAGGAGCUCAAAACUACAACAGAGCGAACAGCUGUCACAGCCCGACCAAACUGACGCGUUUUGAUCAAGUUUGUGACACAUUCUCGCUCAAUAAAGAAAACCGCAGGCGUUUCUGUGAGGUGAAAUAGUUUAAGAUGUGCUAUGUAGAUUGAGUUUCACGGUCACUUCUCUCUGGAAACUGUAGGAGGGCUUUCAACGAUCCCGGUGUCCUAGCAUGUACUAGCAUGCACAUUCCAAAACGAACAGAAAACGCCAAUAAAAAAGCAUCGCCUCACCUCAUCCCGCCAUGUUUUUUCUUGCUCUCUGCAGGUAUUUUUGAAAGAAAUGUUGUUCUUUUCGGGGUAUGAAACUGAUCACGUAAGAUACAGACUGAGAUUGCGCCAAAGGAGAGAACGUGCGACAGCUACUGCUUUUGGGGAAUGACAGAUUCUCAGUUCACGGCCUCAGUUGCUUUCUGUGAACUUCUUGGAACUCAGGAACCCCUGCCGAUGGCCUCUCAAACUACACCUGUCUGCUGACGGCGCUUGCCAGUCAUCCGUGUAAAUAAUUUAACCGUGAAAUUGAGCAUGUCUUGCAGUAUAACAACACCCCAGGAUGACAAGAGGACGUUUUCCUUUCUUUACACAUCCUGCCUUUCCUAACAUCCCUCAAACCUAUGAACCCAUCCUUUAUGACCAGCUAUGAAAGCUAUGAACUACUGUACACUAUUAACAUUUGGUAUGCUCUGCUACAUUUUGGGAAUUACGAGGGACUCAUGUUCCAUUUUAGGUCUUGUAUUAGCAGUAUUUUUUUUUGUUGAUCAUUAAAAUGUGUUUAAUGUUCAGAGUGACAUUUAAUAAACAUCCACAGUUUUUAACGUA